AUGGACUGGGACAGCAUAUCGCUUCCAAGUACUCCCAAACGCCCAAGACUCGAUGGAGCUGCGUUGUCUCCUUCAACCGAAGAUAUUGCAUCAUUACCACAUGGCUCCGCGAAUGCCGUCUCCCACACCGUGUUGCUGUCUUCAACAGACGACGACUUCUUCUGUGACACAGCAGAGUUUGAGACCUUCCUUCGUGAAACAGAAGGCAUAGAUUUCUCUAGCACAGCAUCGGCAUCGACAUUGACUCUUGCAUCCACACCAGCCGUCUUGAGUGGUCGUCCAGGAUCAUCUUCAUCCGAUACAUCCAUUCUCCAAACCCCUAAGCGGAUUAUUCGCGGCACCUUUCCCCCAGCCUUGACAUCGAAUUCGCCGAUCCCGGGUCUUACCUCUUCAACCUACCUCCGUACGCUCUUCUGUCUUGGAGAGGCCCUCAAUGUAGGUUGUCAGGCAGUACGCGAUGAUGAAGAUGCCCUCCUUGAGUUUUAUUGCCGUGUGAUGUCCUCACAUCGCGAGAAUAACACACAACACUUCGUGGUUGCCGAUCUUACGCACGAUAACCCGCCUUUCAUCAAGGCCACUUUUGCGUCUUAG